UAGACGGAGACAGUCGGACGAUCAUCACAUCUGAAGGUGAAAGAUCCCGCGGAAGGUCUUGCUGCGCUGCGUGUCCCGGACUCGUCUGAUGUAGGCUAAUAAAGUAAGCCUACAGUAGUAGCCUUGAAGAGGAAGAAGUAGACCCACAUGCAUUGUCUCCUGGAGCUAUCCAGCCAGCAACAACAACAGUCCCACCUUCCAUCAGACCAUCCUUCAUGGCAACAAUCGUCAUGGAGAGGAUUGGGCGUCUGUUCAUCAACCUUCAGCAGCUAAGGGCGGUGCCCCAGAUGCUGACAGAGGCCGCCCCCUCCAUGCCCGGCACGCUACGGGACACCGAAGUUCCCGGGUUCUUCAGAGAGCACUACAUCCAAGCUGGCUACCGACCGCUCCACCAGGGCUGGAGGUACUACUUCCUGUCGCUGUUCCAGUGUCACAACGAGACCAUCAACGUGUGGACCCACCUGCUGGGGUCUCUCCUUGUCCUGGUCAGGUUCCUCCAGCUGGCUGAGAUGGUAGACUUUAUCCAUGAUGCCCACGCCUGGCCCCUCCUCAUCCUCCUCCUGUCCUCCCUGGCCUACAUGGCCUGCAGCACUGUAGCCCACCUCCUGGCCGCCAAAUCAGAGUUCUACCACUACUGCUUCUUCUUCCUGGAUUACGUAGGAGUGGCUCAGUAUCAGUACGGCAGCGCCGUGGCUCACUUCUACUAUGCUGUGGAACCAGACUACCACCGGUGGGUCUCCUCGGUCUUCAUGCCCACUGCCACCUUCCUCUGCUGCCUGUCCUGCCUGGGCUGCUGCUAUGGGAAGUAUCGCAACCACAGCCUGCGGGUCUGGGUCCGGAAGGUGGGGCAGGUGGUUCCCUCGGCUAUGGCCUAUGCCUGGGAUACUAGCCCAGUGUUCCACCGCCUCCUCCUCUGGCCCACGUCGCACAGUGAUGACAUCAAUGCCCCGGCCAGUGGCGUAGUCGGCGACCCUGCUAUAUCCUUCCAUGGGGGCCAGGUAGCCUUCUUCCUGUCCAGUGCGUUCUUCUUCACCAACCCACUCCCAGAGCGUCUGUUCCCAGGCCACUGUGACUUCCUGGGGCAGGGCCACCAGCUGUUCCACGUCUUCCUGGUGAUCUGUACUCUCUGUCAGAUCCAGGCCUCUCACCUGGACUACCUGGGCCGACGGCCACUCUACACACCGCUACAUGGAGAGGGAGGAGCAGCAGCCACUAUCUAUCUGGUGCAGUAUGGAGCCACGCUGGUGGCCUGUGUCUGCAUAGCAGUCUUCAUGGCGAGGAAAGUAAAACGGUUGCUUGACUGCAAAGACAAGUCCAAAUGAACUGGCUAGGAGACUGUGUAAGAGGGUAGGAGAGUUAUAAUCACUUCCCAGUGGGCAAAACUGGUUGAAAUGGGUUAAUGUUAUUACAGCCAGAAACUUUUGCCCAGUUUUGCCCGCUGGGUUGGUACCAAAGUGAUCAAUGUGGCCUUGGACGACUCGACACACACUGCCUUCCUUGCGUGCUGGAGUAUGUUUCUGACAUGUCAAUCUAUAUUAUAAUAUUAUGUUUCUCUACAGCACCUGUGUCCUUGAGAGUGCUGUUUACCUUUUACAUAAUGGGAGUUGAGGAAGCCUAUCACUAGCCUGGUCCCAGAUCUGUUUGUGCUGUGACCAUAAGUGUUGGCAAGACAGCACAAACAGAUCUGGAACCAGACUAGCCUAUCACUGAACAAAGCCUCAACGAAGAGAAUAAGAAUGUUGAUAACUUUUAUAGUACUUUCUAUAUUUGCUAGGCUUGCUCACUGUAAUCUUAGAAUAUAUUUGCUUAGUUGUUCUCUGUUCUGGCUUUGUGUUGACUGAGUUUUGAAAGCAGCUACUGUCACAUAUUGAACACAUUUUAUUGACAUGGUGGUGUCAAAUUAUGUAUGUAAUGUACAUGAUUGUACAGUACAUGCCUAGUUUACGAUCUGUAAAUAGCUGAUGAGUUUAUGUUCCAUUGCUACCUUUUCCUUUUGAGUGACCAUGAGGGAAAAAGGGAAAUGUGUUCCCUCUCUUACCCUUGCGUACCACUGCCAGGACACACUCUUCACUCAGUGCUGUGAUGUAAGCCAGAGUAGAGAUAUGCUCUGAUUGGCUCUCUUUGGGAGAUCACCAUGGUGACCUGUAAUAAAACAUCAGUUCAGCCAAUGGGAUUGAAUAAAGGUGUGAGGACAACUCCCUUUUUACAUUGCAACACACAUAGCCAAUCCCAACUGGUUCCCUACGCCUUCCCCUUUGCCAUAUUAAACACUUUUAUGUUUGCAGAUCUGAAGGGUGAUAGGUAAUAAAAGUGUAGUGGUGGAGCUUCCACCAUAUUGCUUCCACCUUACAGACCUGCAAUCGCAGGGAUAUGGCCAAUGGGAAGGGCUAGGAAGUGUAUUGGGACCGGCUUUGUUCAUGUUUACCCUUUGUCCAUUACUCUCUGAUUGUGCCAUAGGGUGGUAUCAGUGGAGGCUGCUGAGGGGAGGAAGGCUCAUAAUAAUGGAUGGAGCGAAUGGAAUGGCAUCAAACACC